AUGAACUUUGUCUUUGUUGUGCUGCUUUUACUCAACUUUUCUCGAGCACAUGGGCAGCAGAUUAUUGAGGAGAACCGAGAUGUUUUGUUGAGACUGACCUUUCCUCCAUUCUACAACUCUUAUGCUAAAUCCUGUUGUAAACUGUAUCCAGGAGGGUGUUACGUGCUGAUGAGCAGUGAUGGGUUUGUGUGUGAGUAUUUGGGAGGCAGAGUGACCCGGAGCCAAGGGGACGGCUGGGUCCAGUUUGUGAUCUCAAACGCACACUUCAGUGACCAGGGCUUUUACAGAUGUGCUGUUGUAGGAACCCCGAUCUACUCCGACUACUAUGUUGAGGUCAAAGAUACUUCCGAUCCUCUUCUAUCCCAUAAGACCACCUCCAAAGCUCAUGGUGUCUCGACAGAACUGGAGCCAACUGGACCCGUCGUGGAACAAGACCUGAGUGAUCCUCACAGAGAUCGCUGGAGUUUUCCCCUCUCUGCUGUUAUCUCUGUGGCUGCAGUGAUUUGUAUCUCUUCAACAACGGCUCUGGUUUUCUGCUGCGUGAAGGCAAAACAGAAACAGUCUUACACGAAACACGCUGAGUCAUCUCCGACAGACACAACCCCGGAAACCAGCACAAUCUACACCACAGUAGAUUUCAAAGCUCAUCAGAAGCCCAUAGAAAUAUACGAAAACCUGAGAUCAUCCGGCUCACAAGGUCAGCGUGCCCCGCAGCCGGUCGGCCAAGUGGAGUACUCCACUCUGGCCGUACAUCAACACCCAUGA